AUGGAGAAGUCCCCCCUCACCCAGCAGCCUCGACCUGAGGCCUUUCAGCAAAAGGUCGUGCAGCUGUAUGAGGAUUUAUUCAAGGAUGAUCAAGAUGCCGAGCAUGACCUGUCAGAAGGCUUCUGGCGAGAGUUGUUCUUGCUCAAGCCGGACCGCGCCUCGCUCCGGCGCAUUCUGGACGGGCUCACGCCCGCCGACCUGCAGCAUCUCGAGGAGCAGACGAGGGAGCUCUUCUCGCGCGCGGUCAAGACCCUGAAGAGCUCCCAGGUUGUUGCUCAGACAAAUGCGCUUGAUACCCUCAGUACUUUCCUCUCGUCCGUUCUGGCAAAGAGGUACACCAACCCGAGCUCCGACAUCAUCACGAUCCUGGCAGGUCUCGACAGUAUCGAUGCGAUUUUUACAGACUUUGUUGGAUCGUUGGACAACAUAAUACGGAAUGGCAAGAGUGGUGAGGACUCGUAUUCAGUGGAGAUACGACAAAAGGCUGUCGAGGUUGCAUUGGCCAUCACAUCCGGAGCAUAUCAGACCAGUCUCUUGACAUACUUGAUACAGAAGGACAUGUUCCCCUCCGUCAUGAAGUUAAUACAAGACGCCGAGAAUACGUCCGAGAUCUUUGAACCUUUUACUCUUGUCGGUCUUCUGGCAAACUACAACAAAUUCGAAUUUCAAAAUCCAUACCAGCUGCGGUUGAAUGAUUUUGUGAACGAGGAAACGAUCCAGAAGAUCAUCAGGAACGUUGGACAGACCUGCCAGAGAUUGAGAACGCAGUAUGUGGACAUACAAGAAGACCUGCCGGAAGGCUGGACGUUCAGCAACACUUUGAACAUGAUCGGGCUGGGAGCGAUAGCACCGGGACCGAAACCAGACAAGAAGCCUGUGUAUGAUGCCGACACGGCGAAGAAGAUGUUUGCAGAGCUACCGGGGAAUGACGCCGCGGUUCUACUGGCUACUUACGACUUCACACAUGCAAACAAGCUCUUCUGUUUCAACUUUGUCACGCUGGCCUCGGAGAAGGGCGAAGAGCAUCCUUUCGCAAGCUACAUCUCCAUCACGUCCUACCUCCUCACACACGCACAUCUAUCUACAAAAACAAGCCUCUACGCAGUCCUCAGCCUGAUGGUCUUCCGUCUCCUGAUUGAAGACCCAAUCCUGUGCAAGCGCAUAUGCAGCGAUGAGAACAAGGUGGCGGUGCGGCUGUGUCGACAGAGACAGCCAUACCUGCCGCUCGUCCGGGGCGAGCGCACACUGGCCACGGCCAUCAUCGACACCAUGAUUGACGGGCUGAACCACAAUCUCAAGAGGCGCCUGGACGUGGGCAUGUACACGCUCUGCGUGGGGAUCUUGCUCCGCAUCAUCAGCUACAUGUCCAGGUCGCGCACGCGACUGCCAUACCACUGGUCCGAGCUGUUCCGCUCCCUCCUCUCCCUCAUACGGUUCCUCACCACCUACGCGGCAGACCUCAAGGACCUGCCGCACAUCGAGACGCUGCUGGACCACGUAGUCAACCUCCUCGCGCUAGGUCUGUCAGCAGGCGAGGCCUUCCUCCCGACGCCUGCGGCCUAUGAUGACCUCUUCUACAAGGUCGUCGAGGCGGGCGACACGCUGGUCAAGUUUCGUGAUACGUACCGGUUGGCAAGCAGGCCUACAAACAGCAUCGAGACGCUGAUCAGCGUGAGCACGCACUACAAGACGCUGCUGGCUGAGGGGGGUGGGGGGAGCAAGGGUGGGAAGGGGAGCAAGGCUGGCGCUGCGGGUGUCUUGACGAGCCUGCAGGUUGCUGAGGUCAUCAAGCAAGGGUAUGAGACGCUCAGCAUACAGGCGAAGGAGGGUUUGGAUAGUUGGGAGAGGUAUAGGGAGGCGGACGAGAGGACACUGCUCAAAAAGGUGGCGAGAGUUGCGGUGGGGGAUGUAAGGGCCCUGGUGGCAGAGUAG